CAAAUAACAAAAAUUUGCUCCAGCUUUUGCUGAAAGGGGAGAAUUAAGUGGUAGCACUCUAGCGAAACGUGGCCAACCAUCUACAUUCACGAUUAUAGUGCAGCUGAUGCAAUUAACCUGCGGACGACUAUAAUUUUCGCAAUGGCUUCCGAAAAUUCUGCAAUUCCCUUCACUGGCCCAAUAUUUACUUCUGAAAAGCGGGGCAGUGACGAAAAUGGCAAUGGCACGGAAGAAAACCCUUACAAAACAAUUUUGCAAGCUAUGCGUCAUGCAAAGGCUGAGCCCUUUCCCGCAAUAUAUGUAGAUAGUAAGGACCCGAAAGCUGAAAUCCAGUAUGAGGUUGCUGCAAAAUCGCAACUGAAGAAAGUACUCAAAAUUUUUACACGCGAGAGCUAUAAAAGUGCAGAAAAGCAGCAACGGGAGGCUGACGAUGCCGGAAAGCGGGAGCAAAACAUAGAGGAGGCUCGUAAGAUUCGAAUUGUUGAGGAUGAAAACUUACCUAAAGCGCGUAAAAUUAAAAUUUGUCACGGCGGGGAAUAUCGCGGUGAACGCAUUAAGGUUUACGGUUGGGUUCAUCGCUUACGUCGUCAAGGCAAAGGCUUAAUUUUUAUAACAUUACGAGAUGGUACGGGAUUUCUGCAGUGCGUACUUACUGAUCGUUUAUGCCAAACGUAUGAAGCGCUUGUUUUAACUACAGAGAGUUCUGUUCUUUUAUUUGGAGUACUGAAACCAGUGCCCGCUGGCAAAUCUGCUCCAGGUGGUCAUGAGUUACAUGUAGAUUAUUGGGAAUUAAUUGGCUUGGCACCAGCUGGUGGCGCUGAAAGUAUUCUCAAUGAGGAGGCUCAUCCAGAUGUGCAACUCGACAAUCGCCACAUCAUGAUUCGUGGCGAAAACACAUCAAAAGUUUUGAAAAUGAGAUCAGUAGUAAUGCAAGCUUUCCGUGGGCACUUCUUUGAUCAAGGCUACAAUGAAGUGACCCCGCCAACUUUAGUACAGACACAAGUUGAGGGAGGGUCAACGCUUUUUAAGUUACAAUAUUUCAGCGAGGAGGCGUAUCUAACUCAAAGUUCCCAGCUAUAUUUAGAGACUUGUAUUCCAGCUCUUGGAGAUGUAUUCUGCGUUGCACAAAGUUAUCGUGCAGAGCAAAGCCGAACAAGACGCCAUUUAGCCGAGUACACGCACAUUGAAGCCGAAUGUCCUUUCAUUACAUUUGAUGACUUAUUGAAUCGCUUGGAGGAUUUAGUAUGCGAUGUUGUGGAUCGUGUUUUAAAGUCCCCAUGGGCACACAUCGUCCAUGAGCUCAACCCUGAUUUUAAGCCACCAAAAAAACCUUUCCGGCGAAUGAAUUAUGGUGAUGCUAUUAAAUGGUUAAAGGAAAACAACGUUACUAAAGACGAUGGUACAUUCUAUGAGUUUGGCGAGGACAUACCGGAAGCUCCAGAGCGAAAAAUGACCGAUACAAUCAAUGAACCAAUAAUGCUAUGCCGUUUUCCAGUUGAUAUUAAAUCAUUCUAUAUGUCAAAAUGUGAGGAAGACGCUUCCUUAACGGAGAGUGUCGAUGUACUGCUACCCAAUGUUGGUGAAAUUGUAGGUGGCUCUAUGAGGAUUCAUGACAUUGACGAAUUGCUUAAAGGGUAUGAGCGUGAAGGCAUUGACCCUACCCCUUAUUAUUGGUACACUGAUCAAAGAGUUUAUGGCACCCAACCACACGGCGGCUAUGGCUUAGGACUAGAACGUUUCCUUUGCUGGUUACUCAACCGCUAUCACAUUCGAGAAGUUUGCUUGUAUCCUCGUUUCCUUGACCGGUGCAAACCAUAAAUCAAAUAAUGGAAUUUCAUUCAACAAAGUUUUACACAACUGUGCUUGCAUUUAAAAAUUGAAAUGUCUAUAAAAUAUCACUGCAUUUUAAACGACUUAUUUAUUCGCAUUUUAAACAAAUUUAUUCGUCAAAAAUUUCUUGACUUAGAUCGCUAUUAUCUAAAUUAUCUUCAAAUGUAACCUCGCCCUCAGCAUCUUCCUGAAAAAUAACAAAUUUUUUUCAAUACAUUACAAAAAAUACAAUCAUGAUACAAGUAAAUUUGUGUAUCAUGGAUACAAUAAAAUAUACCAAAUUCUCUACGGAGUCUAAUUCUGCGUGGAUUUGUCCUUUACGAUAAUGAUUUCGCAAUAAUUCCUUAAUACAAUUACUCAUUAUGUGUCGCACUUGCAUGUCGAACCCUGCUGGUAACCAUCCAGUCUUCUCAUUGCAUAUUGCUCCCGUCCGCGGUGAGGGUAUUUUUUCAAUCAUCUCUUGAAUUUUUGGCAUAUGAAUAUCGCAAUACUAAAUAUGUAGUUAAGACAAUAUAUACAAUUUUGAAUAUAAAAUAUGUUAAAUAAAUAUUCCACCAAC